ACGUAAGAAGAACGAGAAUGCGCCAACACGGGGCACUGUUGUACUGUUGAUGCAGUAUUGUAUCUAUCAUUGUCUUUGUUGAUCUUGUCAGAUGUAUCUACUUUUAUUACUUAUUCAUUCAUUUCGUUGAAAUUUAUCGUUAAUUUGUUUUUAAACAAAUCUUCAAAGUUCUAAAUCCAGAUACGUACUAAAGUCGUUAAAUCAACCUUCUCAGACAACCAUGAGCGAUUAUGACGAAAGUAUUGACGGGCUGGUAGAAGAAGAGGAAUCUGAAAACGGCGAUGAAUACGACGAAGAAGACGACGACUACUACUACCAUCGGAGACGGCGUUGGGGUUACGAUUCUGACGAUUACUCCGAUCGGGAGUGCAAAAGAUGCAAAACUGAAGACUCUUAUGUGUUUGUUACGAUAAAUCCGGUAAUUCUAACCAACGUUCCGAAGUUAAUGGAUAUGGCUUCUGUUACGGUCGCAGCAAGUCUAUGGACUCACGUCAAUGUACCUGAAGCUGUACGCAGUGUACGUGAUAGAUGCACGAAAAAUAGCACCCAAUGGAGUACUUUGUGCGCAGACGUAAUCGAAUUAAUCGCAAAGUUACCUAUUCCUAAACUUAUCGCCGAACAGAUCGAUCCAUAUGUACGGAAAAUGGCCAACGAAAUAACCGCUUGGGUAUCGUAUCAUUAUCGAACGGUGUUUUUGAGAAAUGGGCUCGAUAAAUUCGUCUACAGUCACGUGUAUCAUAUUGUUUGGUAUCCUAACGGUGCUAUCGACUGCGUUCAAACUGCGAGAAGUAUGUUGACGUCAGUGAGAUUGAGCGAUGUUGAAAAAUUCAAAUUUUUAUGCGUGUAUUGUUUGUACGAUGACAUGGAGGAAAUGUCGCCGCUGAUAUAUUUGGACAAUGCUCUCGAUUACCUGAGCUGUAACGAAGAUCCUAUGAUUUUUUAUUGGUAUUGUUAUUUUAGAAAUGAAUUGGACAAGAUUCCCGGAUCUAUCAAUGUUUACAUGUUACAUCAUGAUAAAGUCGAUAAUUGGCCAGCCAAAGAGUAUUUUUUCGAUCGACUGGCAUACGACGAGCAAGCGCGAGAAGCUAUUUGGUUAAUUGACAAACAUGGCGCAGUUUACCAGAAAGCAGUAUUAUUGAAAUUGGAUGAAACGCAGCGUCUGCACGUGUACAUAGAACGAGCUACUCAAGUGAUCGUGAAUUACACUCGUCCUCGUAUGAGUUCGAGAUUUAUUCUUCAGACGUGGUUCGAAGCUCGAAACUUGAUUAAACAAGAUGAGUUUUUGACUCUGUUUCGAGAACUGUUAAGCUCAGGAGUAAAAGAUGUCGUUCUGACGGAGAUUUGGGCCAGUGCUAACGAUGAUUUCAAACAACACGUAGUCUGCGCUAAUGUUCAUGAAAUUGUCAUGAAAGUACUAACAAAAUGGAGGUGGCGCGAUAAUAGCGAUUUCGUAUUCGUUUUGUUACAAGAUUCCAAUGCAAUGAUAAAACAAUCGGUCACAAUGCAAGAAUUUUUCAGCGACUACUGCGAGAAAUUAAUAGAGAAUAGUAAAUUUCAAGAACUUGAUCGAUUGCUGGUAUUUUGUUUGCCUGAUGCCGACGAUUUGGCAGAAUUUAAAAGGGACUUUGUGUUUAAUACGAAAUCUGAUUUUUUCAACGCCCACUGCCAAACAUUAUUGAUGAAGAGUGAAUUUCAAGACCUCGAUCAGCUGCUGGAAUUCUGUCUUCCCGAUCCCGAGAAUUUGCUGCGGUUUAAAAUGAAAUUCAUAAAUAAUUGGAACCGUAACAUUAUCAAUACGCAUUGCGCAAGAUUAUUGAUCAGCAGUAAAUUUCAAGAGCUUGGUAAAUUGCUGGAAUUUUGUUUUCCCGACGCCGAGGAUUUGCUGCAGUUUAAAAUGAAUUUGGUGAUGAAUUCGAAAUAUAAUAUUAUCAAAACGCAUUGCGAAAAAUUAUUAACGAACAGUGAAUUUCAAGAGCUAGAUCGAUUGCUGACAUUUUGUUUGCCCGAUGCUGACUAUUUGUCAAAAUUUAAAAGGAAUUUCGUGUAUAGUUCGGAGUAUAAUUUUUUCAACGACCACUGCGAAAAAUUAUUGGUGAAUGGUAAAUUUCAAGAGGUCGAUCAGUUGCUAGAAUUUUGUCUUCUCGACGCUGAGGAUUUGCUGCUGUUUAAAAAGAACUUGGUGAAUAAUUCGAGCCCCAACAUUAUCAAAACGCACUGCAAAAGUUUAUUAAUCAACAGUGAAUUUCAAGAACUUAAUCGAUUGCUGACAUUUUGUUUGCCUGAUGCUGACGAUUUGGUAAAAUUUAAAAGGAACUUCGUGAAUAGUUCGGACUCUAAUUUUUUCGAUGCCCAAUGCGAAAAAUUAUUGGUAAACGGUAAAUUUCAAGAGCUCGAUCAGCUGCUAGAAUUUUGUCUUCUCGACGCCGAGGCUUUGCUAAAUUUUAAAACGAACUUCAUCAACUCGAAACAUGAAAUUAUCAAUAUGCAUUGCGAAAGAUUACUGACUGGCGGUAAAUUUCAAGAGGUUGCCAGAUUGCUGGGAUUUUGUUUUCCGGACGCUGAGAAUUUACUGCAGUUUAAAAUAAACUUGGUGAAUAAUUCGAAACAUACUAUUAUCAAAACACAUUGCGAAAGAUUAUUAAUGAGUAGUAAAUUUCAAGAGCUAGAUCGAUUACUGACAUUUUGUUUGCCUGAUGCCGACUAUUUGGCAAAAUUUAAAAGGAACUUCGUGUAUAGUUCUCAGUCUAAUUUUUUCGACGCCCACUGCGAAAAAUUAUUGGUGAACGGUAAAUUUCAAGAAUUCGACCAGCAGCUGAAAUUCUGUCUUCCCGACGUCGAGGAUUUUCUGCCGUUUAAAAUGAAAUUCAUGAAUGAUUCGAAACGUAACGUUAUCAAUACGCAUUGCGAGAGAUUAUUAAUAAACAGUAAAUUUCAAGAGCUCGAUCGACUGCUGCAAUUUUGUCUACCUGGCGCCGAAAAUGUAGCGCGGUUUAAAAUAAACCUUGUGCUGAAUUCGAAACAUGUUGGAAAUACCUGCUUGCAGUUUUAUUCCGCGGGAGACCUGAACGGUUUGAAUAAUUAUCUCAAACAACUUUUAACCCUGUAUCCCGAUGCUGUGGUCCAGUUUAAGAAGAAUUUGAUAACUUCGUCGCGCGGAAUCGAUAUGUGUGUUGGUCUCAUGGAUACAAAAUUUUCUGUCCUGAGUGGAAUUUUAGAAGACGUCCUAAAAGAUCCGAUUUCGAUAACAGACUUCAAAAAAACGAUCAUUUUUUCAUCUGCGGCUAUUUCUAAACUAACCGAUUCAUUGUUGAAUAAUCGUUUAAACGAUGUACAAUUUUGUAUUAAUCGUUAUCUCAACUCUACUGACGAUAGAUACACGUUGAAGAAGCGAUUGAUCGGCGAUAUUACGAAGCUGAUACAGGCGAUAUUGCGUAAUAAUGAUGAAUCGUAUUUGCAAACUGUGUUGAUUUGGUGGUUUGGAAAUGAAGAUGCGGUGAAAGAGUUCAAACGCAAGUUACACUUGCGUUCGGUUUUCAUCGAGAUGUUGAAAGAUUGUGUGUUUCUCGAGUACAAUAAAUUUUUGACGCGUUGCAGAUUUAGAUAUGGUAGUUCGAGCUCAUCCAGCGACUUCAACGUUCUUGAUAGGUUUUUAAAUUGGUAUUUUCAGUCGCCGAUCGAAGUAAAAGAGUACAAAAUGAAGGUUAUUCAUUCUUAUUCGAAAAUAGACAUGUUCCAGACUUUUUUGAGAGGAAAUCUAGGCGAUAUGCAGUUGAAAACGGUGUUACAAUGGUUUUUCAAAAAUGACACCGCCGAAAUUGCCAGAUUCAAAAAGCGUGGUGGUAAAAUUACUAACCUAAUUUAGAUAGUGUCGUAAUUGUGUGUGUGUUUUUCGGUUGACUUGAAUGUAUUGUCUCUUAUUAUGAUAUUGUAUCCUUUUGAAUUUAUUCUUUGUGUGUUUUUUUUUUUUUUCGUUGUGAAUUGACUAUUAUCAUUAAGUACCUAAAUCCCUUUACGUUAUUAUUAGCUUUUAGUAUUGAUUUUGAGCGUUUUUUCAAGAAUUGAUUAUUAAUAUUAAGUAGGUAUCCAUGUUUUUCUGAAAAGUUAUAGCUUAUUUCGAUUUUUCAAAUGAAAGUACUACGAAUAUAAACAUUU